GAACCAAAGUUUGGAUAUAUCUAUCUUAAUUUUUGAAUAUACGUAAUGGAACUGAAAAAAAUAAGGCUUCUCCUAAACCAAUGAAUGCAAAACUUAUUAGUCCCAUCUAAUAAUUUUAUUUUACAUAUAAUAGAAGCCAAGAACCCAUAGAGGUAAAACAACAGCUUAAUAUUUAUGAGAAUCCAAAAAAUCUAAUUAUUAUAGGAUUGAAUAGAAAGGAAAAUAUUAAACCAAAGAAGUACAUGUUUGUAAACCAAUUUAAAUCAUAGUCAGUAGUACCAUAAUAUAUAGCCGCUUAAGACCAAAUUGGUGAUAAAGCAGAAAACAUAAUGGUAUUAGUCAUUCUAAAAUAUGUUUUUUAAUAAUACGAAUUCAAGCAAAAACUUGUCAAAACAAUCCAUUAAUAAAAUCCUUCAUUGUUUUUUGAUAUUUAUUUAUCUUCUUUCAUUAUAAUCUAUAAAUAAAUGA